AUGCCUCUGUUUACUCUAUCACCCGCCCGCAAGAUUGGCCUUGCGCUGGCUGUUGGUCUCGCUUUCUUCUCUGUUUUGGCAGCUGCCCAAGAUGCUAUCGCUGUCGGCGAUCUGUCCGUCAGCGAGAUCGAGGAGCAAUUGCAGAGCUGUCCCCUCGUUGAAUCCCUGAAUGAACAUAAGCGCGCUACAAGUCCCGAGACAGCAAGCUUGACUUCGAAGAUCUUCUCAGUUCUGUUCCCAGGGAGCCCAGCCGUAAACUCGCUUCUUGCUACGUUGUACAUUUCGGGCCCUCCAAACUUCCUCCUUGCACUAUGCCCUCCGAACAUCGACCCCUCGUCGCUGUCCGUUAUGGUUGCUUUCGCGGUUGGAGGCCUCCUGGGCGAUACGCUCUUUCAUCUUCUCCCGGAAAUAUUCCUCGGUGAAGACUCCCCAGACCAUGUGAGCUUCGUCAUGGUCGAGCCAAACCGCAAUCUCCUCCUUGGUCUCGGCAUCAUGGUAGGGUUCUUCACCUUCGUCGCCAUGGAUAAAACUCUGCGCAUCGCCACAGGGGGAGAAGGCCAUGACCACUCGCAUUCACACUCCCACGGCCAUACCGUGCAAGAAGCCGCCGUAACCACCGGCGCCAGCACGGACUCAACUAACAAGGAGCUCAAGAAGCGCAAGUCUGCGAAGACAGAGCCAGAGACACCCAGCGCCGUCAAAGAUGAGGUUAACCCGAGCGUAAAGCUAGGCGGCUACCUCAACCUGAUCGCCGAUUUCACUCACAACAUCACUGACGGCCUUGCCAUGUCCUCCUCCUUCUAUGCUUCACCUACCAUCGGCGCAACGACCACAGUCGCGGUCUUCUUCCACGAGAUCCCCCACGAGGUCGGCGACUUUGCUCUCCUGAUCCAGUCCGGCUUCUCCAAGCGCAAGGCCAUGGGCGCGCAGUUCGUAACAGCCAUUGGUGCCUUCAUCGGCACCCUUAUUGGGAUCGCGGUACAGGAGUUUGGCGGCUCUAACCCCACUACCGCAGAUGGACUUUCGGGCUCGCCUGCUUCUGGUCUCUUAGGAACAAGCCUUACAUGGGGCGACAUGCUCCUGCCUUUCACCGCGGGAACCUUCCUUUACGUCGGCACCGUCUCGGUCAUCCCCGAGCUGUUGGAGACGGGAAAGAACAAGGGUGAAGAGAUUAAGAAGACCAUUAUCCAGUUCAUCGCUGUCGCUGUUGGUGCCGGGAUUAUGCUUGCUAUCUCGUGGGAUUAA